GGAAGCCGAUCGACUCGACCGAUCAUACGCCACGUGUCCUAUCUUUGUCCUCUCCCUUCCUCUCCAUCUCCAUCUGUGUCUGCUUCCUCCUUCGCUACGGAAGAGGAAGACGACUCCUUAUCGCUCUCAUCCCCUCCUGCUUCUCCUACUCCGUCCUCAUCACCAUCGCUAUGAGUUUUCUCACUGAGCGGGCUCUCGACGAUCACAUGCUGGCGCCACGUGGCGACAUCUCGACAAUUCGACAGGUUCAUCAUCCGCGAUUCAGUCUGGGCCGGGACCUCCUACGGCUCGCGCAGUUCUUCAGCACUGUCGGGGUACAUGCAGCGGCAGAGUUCCGAUUCGCCGGCCAUCAUCAAGCGAUCGUACUGGUAGAGGCGACGACGGUUCGACGACUGUCAGCACCAGGAGUUAGCCACGUAUCCACAGUGGUCAUCGUCAGCGGUGAGAUUAGCGCGAUCAUCCCUCUGCGACACACGCCCAUCCGGACGUCGCUAAGGGAGUGGGGACAGCGGCUGGCAGGAGAAUGGAAUCAGUGGCUUACGCGUCGUGACGAUAAUCUUGUCCCCGUGGACGACAUCGACGUCGGACGACUCCGGACGUCUCAACACGAGUCCACGGUGAGCGAUGAGAGCCCGGUCCCGCACGUCUUUUCACAGGCUUUGACACCCUACCUGCAGUGGUCGACUUGCCUCGAGGAGUUAGAGGGCAACAACAACCCACCAUCGCAACAACCAUACCUGGAUCCCCAGGGGAUAAUCGACCUCGCUUUCUUUCAGCCUCGAACGGCCUCCGAAGAUGAAGCGAUAGCACUAGAGGAAGAGGAGGAAGAGGAUGAGGAGGGAAGCGAAGAAGAAGAAGAAACCCCGGAAGAGGGAAGUUACAGCGAGCACAGCGAGGGAGAGCAGAGCGACGACGAAGAAGAAGAAGGCGACGAAGAAGAAGACGAGGAGGAAGAAGAGGAAUCUGAGUGGGAAACCCUGGGAGAAGAGGCGGAUCGCGUGGAAGGCGCGGAGGAGGAUCCCGAGGCGGUGAGGAAGAGGGAAGAAAUCGCCGCCGGCAAGCAGCAGCUGGAGUACGCAAGUGAGGCGGAUCUGCCAAUCUCAAACGAUCUUGCUAAGGAUCCGGAGCCGCCUAAGCCAGAAGAUGGGGACCUUGCUGCCGAGACUUCGAGCGCACCGGCCAAGCGACGGCGAAGCCGAUCCCCCUCCCCCUCCACCUCAGCCCGUCCACCAGUUCGACCUCGUACCGAUGCGGGGCAUCGGGCUUCGUCCCCGGUCCUUAUCCCGUCGUCCCCUUGACCACCUAACCCUCCGCCAGAUCACUACCCUCAUCACCUUCCCCAACAAUCCCUUCCCAAUC